UCCUCGAAUCCCCAAGGUCGGAUCCACCACCAGCAGCAGCAGCAGCAGCAGCACUGAAACACCAAGAGAAUCGUCCUCGGAAACAGCGAAAGGAAGGAAGAAAGGGAAGACAACCCCAUCUUCUGUUCUUGUCCCAUCGAACGUUCGAACCAUCAAGGGAAACCCCCGAAGCCAUGCGUUCUUGCUACGGCAUAGCCUUGCCCGGCAGCGACCCAUCUCGCCUCUGCCUCCCGCCGCCGCCGCCGCCUCCGUCGACCCGCGCCCCCCUCCGGGCCUUCUGCCCGACCCGGGUCCGCUUCGGACCCGUCCGGUGCGCGGCCGGCCGGAUCGACGACGGGGUCUUGGCGGGCGCCGCCCUGUCGUCGGCGGAGGCGAGCUUCUACGACCUCCUGGGAAUACCCGAGUCGGGGAGCUUGCCCGAGAUCAAGCAGGCGUACAAGCAGCUCGCCCGCAAGUACCACCCGGACGUCUCCCCGCCCGGCCGCGUCGAGGAGUACACCCAGCGGUUCAUCCGGGUGCAGGAGGCCUACGAGACGCUCUCGGACCCGCGCAGGAGGGCCGUGUACGACAGGGACUUGGCCAGGGGGAUUCACUUGGCUUUCUCUGCUCGCAGGCCCUUCGGGGGUGAUGAGGAUUUAGAGGAUAAAAGCGAAUGGAAGAGCCGUUGGCAGGUUCAGCUAUCGGGGUUGAAGAGGAGAAGCAAUCACAAAGAUUCCAGAGGAAACAUGUCUUGGGGUGCACGGAUGCGCAGACAAAUGGAGGAACCAUCAGACGACUCGUAAGUCGGUUCGUGUUUAGUCAUGUACAUAUGUAGCCGCUGGUUUGGUAGAGGAUAUCUAAGCCACUGCUCGAUGAGCAUAUGCUCUUUAUGGAACGAAAGAAUAUAGUAGAGUGAGAUGCUUAUCAAGCAGUUACUUAAAGGCGAGAUAUGUAUGGUUUAUGGCUGAUUGUUCACAAUAAAUCUAUAGGCGAAAUGGGUUUCAUAAA